CCGCAGUUCCAUUUUGAGAAAAGCUUUGUAUCAGUAUCUUAUCGAAUAAUGACAGAGGGCAAGUCAGCGAUCACUUUACUUAUGGACACCCACUACCACGUUCUCUUGCUUUUCGUAGUAUUCAUCGUCCCUCAGGUAGCUCCCUACACCACACAUUAUCUUGAGAGGGAGUGCCUGAAUGGAUCUGUGACUUUAAAUUUGUCGGCAUGGGGCGAGAAUUCAGCAGCUAUUCUGAUGGCGACGUCACACACUUCGUAUUAUCUGCAAAUGCUUUGCAAGGUGCGUCUUCAGGCACCUGAGGGGUAUUAUCUCCUGGUCAGCGUCAGGGAGAUCGGCUUUAGGAUAAAGACAGACAGCAGCUGUAAGGACUACCUAGAGAUUCAAAGACGUCCUUUAUGCAAAAACACCUUCAGGCUGGAGGAGGAUCUGCACUAUGACUCUUUACUUAACCGACCUCCUAACAUCAUGGACAUCAUUUACUACACAGAUAAGGACGGACUUGACAACAAGAGCCUUUCAGGAUAUCCUGGAUUCACAAUCACUUACACAGCUUUCACAAAAGAUUCCAGUUUGCAUAACGACUCUUUCGAGUGUAAUAAUGGGAACAGGAUCUGGCCCGAACUCACCUGUGACUCCCACAACAACUGUGGAGAUCAAAGCGACGAAGAACCCAAAGGCCGAUCCAACUGCGGCAUGGGUAAACGAGGAUCCAUGGUAUUCAUCAUCUUGGGGGCUCUUAUAGUUCUUGUAAUGAUACUCAUGUGCGUGGCCACCCUAGCAUGCUCCAAGAACCCGACAGUCACCCGACUCAGACGCAGGACUCUCUCUGCGAUCCCUCGUCUUGGAACGAGAUAUUCUACUUGAAUUAUGAUCUCUGUAAAUAGUAUGAACAAAUAUUUGCACUUGUUGUUGGAUAUUUCAUGUACAGAUCUGCAUAAAUCUAUAGUGUCCCAAUACUGUGUUGUAUUAUUUGCGUAUAUACUAACUAUACUGAUAAGAAAAUUCAAAUCAGCAUACUUGCAAAUAUUUUUAUCAUUUAAGAUUAUAACCAAGUUAACUACUUGCAAACAAAAGUUUUUAUUUUUUAUUUGAUCUUUCAUGCAUAAGAUUGAUUUACAAUUUUUUUGUCAAGGAAGAAAGUUAACCACAUAAAUUAAGAAUUAAGUAAAGCUUUUGUAAAAAUAUCUGGACAUUAAUUUUUAGCACAUUAACUUGGCACAUAUUCGUCAAACUUUGUAUUUUUAACUCCUCAAUAUCAAUGAGCCAAUGUACGUAAAUUAUUCUAUCAUACAUUUAAACCAUUACUGCCAAUGAACCAAUAAAUGGAAAUUAUUCUUUAAUAAUCUCCCUACUGUCUAUACCACAUUUUCUGCAACUUAUACUUAAAUAUUCAAAUUUUUACUGUCUAUGAACCAAUGCAAAUUAUUAUUCAAAACUUUUAACCCUUGUUUACGGA